CUGGGUCGGUUACGAGCACACCGGCUUCUGCGGGCAGCAGUUCAUCCUGGAGAGGGGAGAGUACCCGCGCUGGGACGCCUGGAGCGGCAGCAACGCCUACCACAUCGAGCGCCUGAUGUCCUUCCGCCCCGUCUGCUCCGCUAAUCACAAGGAAUCCAAGAUCACCCUCUUCGAGAAAGACAACUUCAUCGGCCGGCAGUGGGAGAUCGGUGACGACUACCCCUCACUGCAGGCCAUGGGCUGGGCCAACAACGAAGUGGGCUCCAUGAAGAUCCAGUGCGGCGCUUGGGUUUGCUACCAGUAUCCCGGGUACCGCGGCUACCAGUACGUCCUGGAGGCCGACCACCACGGAGGAGACUACAAGCACUGGAGAGAGUGGGGAUCGCACGCCCAGACCUCCCAGAUCCAAUCCAUCCGGCGUGUCCAGCAGUAGCUCCCCAACUCCCAGUACACCUUGGCAAGGUUUCCAAAGCUCACCGGCUCCCUUUUGGUGCUAAUACUCCCCUCCCGAAAAUAACCAUCCCCCUUCUCGUACUGCAGCUGCUUACGGAACAACACUCCCCAACGGUACCAACCGCCACACCCGCCACUAAACGUGACUGAAA